UUGUCCACAAAAGAGGAAAAUUUAUUCUAGUCUUUUCUAAUAAAAAUGGCGUCAACUGGGCAUGUGCGGCUAAAAAUUCGAUAUUAUUAAUAUUUUGAACAACCAAGAUGCUGGAAAGACAGCUGUGUCCAGUGUGUUGUAGAAGUGGCACCAGAAGUUUCUUAAAAAGCUAUCAGAUCAACUUGGAUGAGGCGGUUGUUCUGUGUGAAAACAAAAAGUGCACAUAUCCUUUGGGGCAGGAUGGAACGUCACAGUUCACAUACUCCAGAAAAAUGUCAGAUCUCCCAUCUGGCAGGGAGACAGACUUUGGGCUGUCUGUUCCUCCCUCACAGUCGGAGCUUCAGGCCCGGGCACAUUCACGGAUGAGAAAGCUGGGUCUCUUACAAAAUGAUGCCAAAGCCAUUCAGACUGGAAGUCCUCAACUUCUCAGAAAACACAGACAAUCAACCGCUGUGUCAACUGCCCGAGCCAGUUCAAGGGAUGCAACUCUACAUUUACCACACAGCUAUGCACCUUAUUCUACCCCAUCAUCUAGUCAAUAUACAACCACAGAAGCUUCAAAUGCUAACACUGCAUACACAUGCUUGUCAAAUGGUCAUUGCUAUAAUUCAGGUUACCAAAGCAACACCGCGAAAGCUUCCUACAAGAAUCGUGAGUUAAGAAAACGUCGUGGUUCGGCUGGAAGUUCGGAUCGGGAGUCACUGAAUUCCAGCAAUGAUAACUUGGAUAGUGGCUCGGACAAAAGCGCUGCAAGUUGUCCCAAUAGGCCUACAGACACUGAUCCUUUACAAAGCAUGCUUUCUUCUUACCAGAUAUGCAACGAAGAGUCAACACCGAACGAGUUUGAACAACUCUGUUCGGUAGUGGAUAAUUUCCCUGUAAGAAAUACGCAAUUGCCAACAGCUAAAGAUGCCAAGUUGGAAAAGUAUAGCUCCAUAGGGUUUGAUUUCACAGAAGAUUUAAUUGGUGCUAACAGUGGGGACAUGACAUUACCUCCAACAUCUAGUAACAGUAUUACGAAGUACCCGAAAGUAUUUCCACAAUGGAGAAAUCAGGACAACCUAUGCUGGUUAGAUGUUAUUCUUUGUCUUUCAGUUCAUAAUGCUUCAUUGCGAAGAACUGUUAAAAGUUCAACUGUGAUUGAAGAUUGUUUGAUAUCAAAACUUUUUGCUGCCCAUGAUCAGGCCAUGAAACUUGUGGAAAAAAUAAACACCAAAACUGCCUCGGAAUUUAAUUCAACAGAGGAAGGGACAGGAUCAGUGUCUUCAAAAGGUUCAAGAAAGAAACGUUCAACAUCUAGACAGAAAUCAUCAUCUUCUAAUGGGGAAGAGCUCAAAACAGAUGAAAGACCAUUAAGUCCAAAUAGUUAUGAAAUAGAAAAGGUAUUGAAUGUCGUCCGUGAGGAAGUUUGGCAGAUGUUAAGUAUGAAACUACGGUGUAAAAGAGGUCAACAUGAGAGUCCUGUGUUUGCAUUCCCGCUGUUUCUGAAACAGACACCUGCUGUGGCGGAAUUAUUCAAGAUGAAAUACAGUUUUGAGUACAAGUGCACGGUUUGUGAUUACACGGAAAGCCACAGUUUUGAGAACCUGCUGCCGACAUUUCCGGAGUUGGUAGAGGACUUCCAAAUCAGCAGCCCUGCGCAUAAGAAAUGCUGCCCAGAGUGUGGAAAUAAUGCUGAUCACAGGAGAAUGCAGUUCACACAACUUCCGGACUCUAUCCUGAUGCACUUUACUGCCGGUCUUUCUAAAAUGCCCCUGUCAAGCCUGCAGUUCAGUCACCAUGGCAACAUGUACACAGUGACUGGAGUGAUACAGUAUCUCACGGGACGGGAGGAGCCCAACCACUUUGUCACCUGGCUGAGGAACCCAUAUAGUGACCAGUGGAUGAAGUGUGAUGACCUGGACCACACCUUGUGUCAGUACACAAGCUCCACCCCAACUGUCGAGAAUUCACAGGUCCAUAUCGUUAUGUGGGAGAAAGUCACUAAAAAGCCUCCCAUCUGCCGACAACUUGCCCUAGACUCUUGUUCCAUGUUUGAAAGUCGACUAGAACAUAAUAAUGAAGGACGGCUGCAUGUACAAGAUGCUGGUGAGAGCCAAUUUAAGGCUGUAAGUGAAGGCAUACUUGAAAAUGCUGCUGACCAAAGCCUAGCAGAAAAUACUGCUGUUGAGAGCCAUUUAAAUCUUGGUGAUUCAGAAAAUUUUGACAUGUUUGAAGAUUGGGAGGGAACAUUCGGUGCUUGCGUUAAUAAAUCAGAUAGCAUUAGUCAGCUAGCUGAGAAUGAAGAUUGUAGAGAAUCCUUUAUAAAGUGUACAAGUAGUCAAAGAAACUCUAAGUUAAGAGGAAAAACUCCAAAGCUUGAACCUUUCAGUUUUGGAAAUGCAAGCAAUGGUGCUAAGGACGUGUCAAUAAACAACUGUGAUAAAUCUAGUAAUUCCGGAAAUGCUCAAUGUUCUUCUAGUCUUUCUACCGACUCAAGUGUCCAAGUUGUUCCAAACAUAAUUUUACCCAAAUUAAGUCCACCCACAGCAGAGCGGGUUGAAAACGCAAUCAAAAUGGCAAGAAAAGCCUCAGUCACUCGGUCAGGAAAUGUUAGUCCAAGUUCUUCUGCAAGUUCUGAGCAAUCCCUUCAUUUGCCCGAUUUUGUUACCUCUGUGCUUAUGAAUGGUUCUCCAAAAAGACCUAUUGCUUUUGCUCUAAGAAGGCCUAUCCCCUGCGCUCCAAGCCAGAUACAAGUUGACGAUAAAGAUAGUGUACUUAGUUCAGAUGGACUCAGCAAAAUUAGGCCAAAAAUAAGUAUGGCGUCUUCAGUUGAUAACGAGAACACUGUUCCAGGUUCCAAACAAGGAGACACUGUAGAAUUAAAAGAGCCCAUUGGUGUUAAGUGUCGAAGAUUGUCAGGCCCUGUGUUAGAGAUUCAACCCUCCACUGUGUUUUGUAGGCCAACUAAGGUGGCUACCUCAGAGACUAAAAUGAAAUCAACAUCUGAUGAUAACUUAGCUGAUAAUUUGUUUGAUUUGAGCAAAUUUGAUCAUGACACUGCAGUUUCAUGCAAUAUGGAAAAUACUGACAAAAAUGUUUUGGGUAACGAACGCAUUGAAAGCAACGAACACAUUGAAAGCAUGAGUGACAACAAGCCUUUUAUAGCUGUACCCUUGAAUAAAGUUAAAUUUAUACCAGAUCAAGGAAUUAGUUGCAUUCCAACAGUGAAUAGCACCAACAAGAAUGAAACAGAUGACAUUGACAAAUCAUCAGUGGUGGACAAAGAUGUCGUCAGAAAUGCUGAUGUUAAAAGUGGUAAUGGCAGGGAAUCAUCAAUUUCUAAACGUUUUAAGUUACCAGCCUACAUGCUCAACAAGAAAGCUCAGACGUCUGCAAGCCUUUCAAGAAAUGCUUUCAGUGCUUUGCCAAUGACAAAAGUAAGUCCAAACACUGUAGCUGUUUUAAAGGAAGAUUCAUCGCCAGGUUCAAUGAGUGAAGUGAAGCAUUAUUUGCUGAAUAAAGCGACGGGUAACGCCCACAACAGAUUCCAUGGGCUGAACUUGAAAUCGCAGAAAUUGCGUACAUCUGCAUCCACUCCCUUAUUGACACAUCUAGUCACAAACAUAAAAGGUGCGAAUGUUGGAAUGUUUGAUUCCAGUUUGGAAUCUGGUUUGAACAUGAAAUUUGGAAGAAAAAUUACCAAUAGUGCUGGUUCGUAUUCGGGAUUUCAGUUUAAAAGAAAAUCGAGUGACACAGAUUCAGACAGUUUAGAUAAAAACUCGAAUAAGAAAGUAAAAAUUAAUGAAGAAAGCGAUCAAGAAACUGCUGAUGCACACUCGUUAAAAGAAAACAAGACUUCAUCUAAAAAAUUACCACCAAGAGGGCGGGUCGGUGGAAAGAAUAUGAAACUGAUAGAAAAAUGGGCUAAACAGUCCAAAGAGACUUUAAGUAGUAUUGAACCAAUAAGCACAAAGAACUUCGUAGUAGAAAAAUUAAAAGCCUCCCCUUUGAAAUCUGAAGCAAAAGUUGACAACGAUCAUGUUUUACAAGACCUCUACGAAGCGCUGAACAUUCCAUUUAGUGCCGUUAAUGACACGAUGGCUACAAUAAUGACUGACGUAGAUGAUAUUCUGAACUUUGUUAGCACUGACGAGAUACUGCCAGAAGUUGCGAGACCAAAUAGCUCACAGUCGUGCGUCUCCAUUCCCAUUGGAAGCAGGGCAGGAAAAUCUGAAUGUUGGGCACGAAUCCCAGGCCGCAAUUCAGCCUGAGGUCUAGACAGCAGAAAUUAAAGAGCUUACCUAACAAGCCUGUCAUCUUCUUAUGCCAAUCUUAACCGAAUCUCGAACCUUUCUGGGUGGCACUUCCUAUACACUCAGGUCUUUCUCUUGCGGCUAACCGCUUGAUGUCCGUUGAUGAACAUAUCUAAGUCGGAGCCUCCGUUUGGCUUUCAAAAACACUGGUAUUUGUGUCAGUGGCAAAUACUGAUGUUUUAGCAUGACUUGGGUACAUGUUUAUCACUUGAAACAACAAAUUGGUCAUACAAAUGAAACUUCACUGUGUCAGACUUACCUCAUAGACUGCUUGCUACAUUGUGUAUUCAUAGCAUUGUUCUGAAAUGGUCCAUAUAUGAGUCAGUACAGCUAAUGCAAAAUGAUCUGACGCAAAUUUGAGCAGUAUUGGACUACUUAAUCAAUUUAAUACUCAUUAUAGUGAAAAUUUUACCAUUUGUGUUUUUCAUAAAUAUAUUUUUUAGUUGAGUUAAUAAAAAAAUGGAGAAAACCGCAGUAAAUAAACCAGUUCUUUUUCUGUACCGAAAAAAAUGAAUUGUGUGGAGCCUACUAAACACAGAGAGCUUUCAUACCUUAAAAAGAAACUUGGUUAUUCAAACGUACAGUGAAGUUUCCAUCAUUUUCUGCAUUAUUAGCUCGUCUGUUUUUCAAAGAAGAAACUUUAGUUGUUGUCAUAGCACUUGUGUCGGCAAUGACAGCGGCGAAGUCGUUACACAUUUUGACCAUAACUCGUAACUGUACGGAGAUAUUAUAAUUCAUAUGAAAUUUUGUACACAUCCUGCCAAUGACAAUACUUACUUAUUUGGGAAGGCCCAUAACUCUGUUUUAAAUAAUUGAUGAGUUAUGCCCAUUAGCAACCUGAGAAAAACAGACGAGUAUUGACAUCUCGUUUAGUGCUUUUUUAUCAUAUUUGGAACAGAAACUUAGUGCACUUGAAACUCGACAGCCGGAAGACAUGUUCCAUGAAUGCAUUAAAACGCUGUUUAGACAUUAAUACCUACUCUUUUGUAUUUGAACAGAUUUUGAGAGAAUAUCAGUGAUGAUGUUUAUGAUGGUGGUGACUGCUAUAACCAAUGAGCGAACAAACGUCUGUCAUCUUGAUUGGGUCUACAGUUGGUGCGUCCGUUCAUCUGUCUGUCUGUCAGCAAGCGAUUUGUGAUCCAAUCUUUGUCUGCACCUUUUGCAAUCAUUGGAUCACAAUUGCUGCAUGUCCGUGCAGAACUUAGAAGUCCGUCGGUGUAUAUGAAGGAGUCCUCUAGCGAUAUACGAUGGAGUCGCUAACUACUUGGUACUUGUCCAUGGACUUGGUAUAACUGUGUUUUUGUCAAAAUAUCUGCACAGAAAAUACUGCAUUCAAAAGAUGAAUAUAUGUAUGUUUCAUGAAGUUUUAUAGUGAUACCAUUUGGUAUAGUGAAACUUCAGUAUUAAUUGAAAGUGCUAAGAAGAAGAGCUAGAAUUUGAUGUGUUGAUUGAACUGUCCAUAACUCUCUUAAGUGAAACUAUCAUUAUGAUUUAUGAUUGUGCUUCAAUUAUUAAAUGCUAUCAGUGGCUUACUCCUUAUAUGGGAAUACGCUGACAUCGGUGUUGUCUUGUUGACAACACUUCAGUUAUUAAGUGAGAGAGUACAUGCUAUUUAAGCUUAUGAUAGCAAGUGCACUUCAUAAAUAAGAAACUUGAACAUAUCGUAUUAUAUUAAAGCAUACUAAAGGCUUUGUUAAAUGGCCUAAAUUGCAUCAUUGUAUUGGCAUGAGCAUUUAAAUCGUUUUGUCAACCGACCAAGUUUAAUAAAUUUAAUCCGUGCAGCGUUUGUAAACUGGUCGAUCGAAAAGUCAAUGAUUUUCAGUGUUGUUCAUUCGGAGAUGUUGAAUAGAAAUAAAAUCCAUAAAUGAGA